ACCGACGCGUUGUCAAACAAGAUUGUCCUUUGCUCCAGUUUGUCAUCAAAUCUUCAAACACUCGGAGAAAACAAAGAAAUAUCUACCUGAAAAUACCAUUUCCCACUUUUUGCAAUCGAAUAAUGCAACGAUUAAAGCUAAUUCGAAAACCGACCCAACAACAACAACAACAGCAACAACAACAACAGAAACCAGCUGCUUCCAAACUAACGAAAUCGAACACAAUCGCACCGGCACACUGUCCCCAGCCGGACUGCGACCAGAUCCUUCUGGCGUCGAACUUCCUGCAGCACUAUCUGCGCGACCAUUCGCACCUUAACUUUAUCGCCAUUGAGGACCGCGAAACGAUGCUGUUUCAGUUCGAGGAAAGUGCCUUUCCGCUGAACGAACCAUUCUGUCUCGGUAUUCUAGCGUACGGGGGGCGUGAACCCUGCCGGCCGGAAAACAGACCCGCCGCGGUGGGCUACGCAACGGAGAAUCAAUUUCUCCCACAGCAGUACAAAUAUCUGAAGGACUUUCUGCCGGUGCUGGUGAUGGGUUGCCGCACGACACGGUUUCACGAGGAGGUGGCGGUAGAAGUACAUCAGCAGGGUGAAGAGCGGAAUGUUUCGUUAGUGUUUUGGCUGCUGACGAUGAGCACAAGCGUUCCGUUGCUUGGGUAUUUGUCCGUGAGCGAUGUGCUGUUGCGUCAUCGGCGAAGAAGUAUGGUGAAGUUGCGCGAGCUGACGAACUCGAGCUCGGAAUUUCCGGGCAUCGGAUGUCUGUCGAAGGAAUGGAACCUGCUGCAGCUGCAGCGGAAGGAAAUCGAUGUUCUAUCGCACGGAGGGACAUCGUUGAUAAAGCUGGAAGUCAUGAUUGAUGGACCAUGUUAGAUAAUAAAACAAAGGAUUGAU